AUGACUCUCCAAGACAAGCUGAUGCAGCCCUCUAGUAAGAGUUUGGAAAAGCGACGCACGUCUUGGACGUACAUCCGCUCCUUGCUAUGGAAAAACUGGCUCAUCAAGAACCGCCAGCCUGCUGCCACCGCGUGUAAAGUUCUCGUGCCCACCUUCUUCAUCCUAUUGCUCGGAAUACUAAAACUCCUCACAACGACAGUUGACGUGCCGGCCGGCUGGAGUGACGACGCCGACAAUACCGCCGGCACCAGGUACAACCUGUUCCAACCGACUGGGCGGAGCUUCGAGUGGGUCGACACUGACUUGCCCAAGUUCGCGCUGCACGAGUCCACGAUGACCGGUCUCAUGUUAAAACUUGCUAGUCAGUCUAUCAACGACGGUCUGCGAUUAGAAGAUCUGUCUGCUUCGGACCUGGCUGCUUGUCGGAUAGGAGUGCUGGCUGGAGGUUUGGUCGACACGACCGCGUCGUCGCCUUUCAGCGUCCCGACUGAGUGCGCUGGUAAGGUCGUGCCGUACAAGAUUGGCGUGGCACCGGACAAUGCGCUCACUCGCAACUACUUCGCGGAGGCCAUGGACAUGUGGUACCCUCGAUUGGAUCUGAUGAAUUCGACGACCGAGACGCUGACGAUCCCUUCGUUCAAGGAAAGCAUCCAGUUCUUUGACACCAACGACGCGCUGACGGACUACGUGAAGAGUGAUACGUACGGGGACAACCUCGACAACCCUAAAAUUUAUGCUGCAAUUGUGUUCGAUUCGGCUCCAUCAGAAGACGAUAUCGGCUCGUUCGGGUCCAUUGAGUACUCGCUGCGUCUAAACUCUACGAAGGGCGAAGAUCUGACGGGCCGUGUGCCGACCACGGAUGGAUCUCUUGUGGAUGUCGAGUCGUUCCAGAAGGAUAUCAUUACGGACUACUACACGGCGUACACUGUGACAGGUUUCAUGACGCUGCAGACGCUCGUCACCCGUUUUGUGGCGUGUAUGCCGGAAUGGAACUCUGCCAACCAGUCGACGACGGGCAUCUGCCAACGCUCACGGACUACUGCAGUCGCGUCAACGGAGCUGGACAACACUCUUCUCGAUAUCCUGAGACAAGAUGGCUUGAUCCAGGAAUCGCUCGGCCCUCAGUCUAUGCUGGGACCUACGGUCGCGCCGUUCCCCGUCGACAACUACACCAGCUCUCCAUUCUACUCGAACGUGGCCAGUGUCUUUACGAUUGUCUUUAUUAUGGCCUAUCUGUUCACGAUUUCGCGUAUUCUGGUGGUGCUUAUCCAAGAGAAGGAACUGCGUCUACGAGAGUUCAUGAAGAUCCUUGGAGUGACUGAGAAGACGAUCAUUUUGACGUGGUACAUGACGUACGCAGCGAUUCUCUUUAUCGGUGCUGUUGUCCAAGCCAUUGCCGGUCUGGCGGGAUUGUUUCCAAACAGCUCAUUGAUCGUCACCUUCCUCUUCUUCUUCCUGUUUGGACUGACAAAGCUCGUGUUGGUGCGUUUGUGGGCAUGGUGA